GAAGAAUACGACCAACUCUGUACCGUGGUCAACAAAAUCGCUCAUCCACUUGCCUCACGGAAACUAGCGAAAAAAAUUUACAAACUCAUUAAAAAGCGACUAAAUAUGCCGUACAUUUUAAUUCGUCAGGCAUCACAAGAAAAGAACUAUCUGAGACAAGGAAUAAAAGACGUUCAUAAGGCGAUUCGCCGCAAUGAAAAGGGCAUCGUCAUUCUCGCAGGUGAUGUGAGCCCGUUGGACAUCUACUCACAUAUGCCAGCGUUGUGUGAAGCGAAAGAUUUGUUGUACGUCUUUACACCGUCGCGCAAACAUCUCGGCUUAGCGACAGGUUCGUCGAUUUAUUUUGUCAAGUAA